AUAUCGGCCUUAGUGUUUACUUUCACGUCGUAACGCGUUAUUAUCCGUCAACUGAGACAUGACAACAAUUUUACUCUUUCAAACUACUUAGAAUUUUCGAUAAAUGUUUAAGAAGUUCUAAUUGUUUGACAGAUAUUGGUAUGUUUACGAAUGUUUACAUUAUUAAUAUACAGCAAAUUCGGUUAUUCGCAUUACAUCGAAUUAAUGCGCAUUGAAGGCUGCUCUAAUUCGUAAGUAUUAAUAUCGCGUACACAUCAUGCCGGAUUGUUAUGCUAAGGGCUGCAGAAGCAGGGCUUGCAAUAGCCGAAAGAAUAAAACGCAAUUGGAAUGGGAACAAUUUCACGGCCAAAAAAUUACAUUUCACAGAAUUCCUAAGGACCCAGAAAAACGUACAAAAUGGCUUAAUAUAAUGCAAUUAAAUAAUAUGAAUAUACCAAAGAAUGCCAAAUUGUGCUCGCUACAUUUUGCAGAAAGUGAUUUUGACAGAACAUAUGUUAAUUGUGUCAGAAUCCGGCCUGAUGUUAUCCCAUCUAAAACCACAAAUAAGAUAGGAGCUUCUUAUAAAAAGCAGAAAGAUGAAGAAAUAAGUGAAGAAAUAAAUGAAGAAAUAAAUGGAGAAAAUAUUAAUUUCAAGACAGUUAAAAUACUUGAUGCAAGAGAAGAUACUGAACAAGAUUAUUCUGAUUUUUUUUUUGAUGGAACCUUGAUGGAAACCUUAAUGGAAAGUACUUUAUUAGUACUUUAAGCACUUUUCAAGUAAGUGAUGCUGUUCAAACAAAAUAUACAAUACAAAAUUAAACAUCAAGGAAUGGUUAUUUUGCCACAUUCAUUGGAAAAUACGCCGAGAAAACCAUGACUGAAUUGUACUAGUCAAUACCAAAAAAUAUUUUACAAGACAAUGAAGUAUCUGCGACAAAACCACUGAAGGUCCAAGAAGCACAUUGCAUUUACAAAAAAUAUAUAUGUAUAUAUAUUUAUUUAUCUAUUUAUUAAAUGGGUAUAAAACCCUUUGAUGUACAGUGUCUGAAAGACAUAAUAAGAAAUAAAAGAAGAGAUAAAAUACAUAAUAAGUAUUACUCAAGAGUUACAAGACAUGAUAGGAAUAUAAAUGAUAUAAUACAUUUUCUAAAUUAGCAUGCAGAGAGAGAGAGAGAGAGAGAGAGAGAGAGAGAGAGAGAGAGAGCUUGAACCAACUUGGACCAAAACAUUUCAAAGGAGUUGUCAAAGAUAUCAAUCAAAAAUGCAAAUUUGCUAACUAGUGUAGAUAUGCAAUUAAUAGAGUCAAUCUUUCAUAUUCAGUGUAGUGAUGUUCUACGUGGAAGAUAGUGAGAAAACGCAAUACUUUUGGUGGUGCAUGUAAAUUAAAUAAUCAUAGAAUUUCAGGAUAUAUAAUUGUUGUGAAUAAUACUAUAUAAGAAGAAUAGAUCAGAAACUACCCUUUUCUCCAAGGUUAAUAAGUCAUGACGCAAGAGUUCAGAUUUAUAUUUAUGGCAAUCAACAGGUAUAGGAGCACUCAUACUUGAUGGCAAGACAGAAGAAGCAAUGCUAUACUUUUUCAAUUAAUAGCGUAUUAUUUUUCUUAUUUGAGGUCCACAGUAUAGAUCCAUGUUCUAAAUGAGGACGAGCUAACGUCAAAAAUAGAAUUUUAAGUGUAUUUACGUUUUUAAAAUAUUUCAAAGUUCUAUAAAUUAAAUCUAACAUCCCAUAAGUCGUAAUAAUUGUUCUAAUGUGACAAACAAUGAGAAAUUAGGAGCAAAGUAGAUACCAAGAUCUCGUAUCAUAUCAAUUUCAGAUAAAAUUACGCCACUCAACAUAUUAUCAUACAUAUUAACAUACAUGUACAAUACAUAACAUAUUAAUUAAAAGUUUGAACAAAUUUUAUCACAACUGAAAUAAAUAACAUUUUGACAUAUUAA